AUGUCUAUUCACCUGGAGGUAGGGCCCGACUGGGCUAGGGUCCGGUGGGAGCCCCCACCUGCCCUGUCUGCCUGCCCCGGGGCCACAAAGAAGUACGUCCUCUGCCGCCGGAAAGUCGGGGAGGCCCACACAGAGACCACCUACUACAACACCAGUGCUUCCAGCAGGGAGUUCACCUUCCAGAACCUGGACCCGCAGACAGCCUACCUGGCAGGGGUGUGGGCCUCCACGGGCGGGGAAGGGGGCGGCUGCUGGCCACACGUCUCCUUUGCAACCACCCACCCAGAUUCCAAACCCAAAGCGCUGGAUUUGCGUUUCCUCUCUUUGGGAAUCUUCAUAGCCUUCCUGAUGGCAGCCGGCGGAUUCCACUUCAGCCAAAAGAGGAUCAAGGCCUCCCUGUGGCCUCCGUUGCCGGAUCCGAGCGGUGCCCAAGCAGUCAAGAUCCUGCCAGCAUUGGGUCAAGGCCAGAUGCACCUCCUUCCCUUGUUGCUGCCCUCGGAGUCAGGUGACCCCUCGGAGCCCUUGCUGGUGGUGGAAGAAGGAGAAGGAGGAGGAGAAGAGGGGGGGCCCUUGGAGAAGGUGCCCCCCCAGGAAGAGACCCUGCUUCCCCCCACGGAGGUCCCCCCUCCCCCGGAGUACAAGUCCCAAGGCCUGCUCCUCCUGGGGCCCACCGAGGAAGAGGAAGAAGGGCCCACCCACACGGGCCAUGAGGGGCCCCAAGCAGACCUUGGCUGACGAUCCGCCAAUGCUUCUCCCGGCCUGUGGAACUCCCCACCACUGGAUUAUCAGUCCCUAGGGGCUGCGAGACGGACCUCACCCCCUUGUUGUUGGUUUAUUUUAUGACGAGGAGGAGAAGGAUGAUUUGUGGAGUGUUUUUAAUGCUUCACACAUGUGAAACUCACCCAAUAAAAGACGAGAGGGAAACGGGAGUGAGGAAAUGCAGGCCUGAAUGGGCCAG